AUGCCCACUGAAGCCUCCCAAAGGCCAAGUGACCAUAAGACACAUAACAGAACACACACGGAAGAGAAACAGCAUGAAUGUCUCAUCUGUGGGAAAGUCUUCAAAAGGCCAAGUGUCCUAAAGACACAUAGCCUACUGCACACUGGAGAGAAACCCUAUGAAUGUCGCACCUGUGGGAAAGCAUUCACUAGCCCAUCUUCUCGUGCCGCACAUGAGAGAAUACACACUGGAGAGAAAACCUAUGAAUGUUACUUCUGUGGGAAAGCCUUCACUUGGCCUUCUCACCAUGCCUCACAUGAGAGAAUACACACAGGAGAGAAACCCUAUGAAUGUCGCACUUGUGGGAAAGCCUUCAGUAGGCCAUCUCAACGAACUGUACAUGAGAGAAUACACACUGGAGAGAAACCCUAUGAAUGUCACACCUGUGGGAAAGCCUUCCGUCACUCAUUUCAACGUGCCACACACGAGAGAACACACACUGGAGAGAAACCCUAUGAGUGUCGCACUUGUGGGAAAGCCUUCCGUCAGUCAUCUCAACGUGCCUCACAUGAGAGAACACACACUGGAGAGAAACCCUAUGAAUGUCACACCUGUGGGAAAGCCUUCAGUUUCUCAUCUGAUCGUGCAAGACAUAAGAGAAUACACACUGGAGAGAAACCCUAUGAAUGUCGCACCUGUGGGAAAGCAUUCACUAUUCCAAGGUACUGUGCCAAACAUGAGAGAACACACACUGGAGAGAAACCCUAUGAGUGUCGCACCUGUGGGAAAGCCUUCAGUCUGGCAUCUGUUCGUGCAAUACAUGAGAGAAUACACACUGGAGAGAAACCCUAUGAAUGUCGCACCUGUGGGAAAGCAUUCACUAGUCCAAGGUACUGUGCCACACAUGAGAGAACACACACUGGAGAGAAACCCUAUGAGUGUCGCACCUGUGGGAAAGCCUUCAGUCUGCCAUGUGUUCGUGCAAGACAUGAGAGAAUACACACUGGAGAGAAGCCCUAUGAAUGUCGCACCUGUGGGAAAGCCUUCAAGUGGGCGUAUCUGCCUGAAGUCAAAUCCAGGUACCAGUAUGAAGUAGAGUAG